AUGCUUCCAGGAUUGCAGAUAUUCGACCUUCACGAGCCGUCGAAGUGCAAGAUUCUAAACACCAUUGGCAAAGACUUCGAGGACUGCAGCCCCAAGCCAAUAUCCAAGUACCACUCUUCGGAAUGCACCUCCGAGUGCAACGAUCAUCAUCUAAUUGUGUAUUUGGAGAAUGCACUCUGCCGAGGCACUCAAGUUGAAUACGAAGACAUAUCCAGAAUGCUUUUGCAUAGAAAUUCCAAGGUAAGGAGGAUAUCACUGAUGUUGCAUUAUAGAAAUUUUCCAGACAUAAUUCCGCCUUCUUUCCAAGAUGAUCCAGACCACUCUGUCCGGGCAGUCUAUUUGAGCCAGAGGUGGAACCUAAGGAUUUCUUCUUUGAUUAAACAGGCUGAGGAUGAAAACCCGGACGUUAGGAUUGCAGCCUUACAUCAAUUAAUGAGAUUUUCUGAGGACGAGAAGUAUAAAAUAAAGAUUCUCCGAUCUGUAUGCCACAGGAUACAUGAUAGGGAGCUCACAAUACGGGUGUUUGUCUCCAGGGCAAUUGGGGAGUUUAAGGACCUUUCUGAUGAGGUCGUCGAAAAACUCCUGAGCAAGCAAGUCACAAGCCUUGAUGACCAAAAGCUAUGUGGAGCACUGAUAUAUGGGGUUGAAGAUGAAUACUCCGACGUCCGUAGGAAUACAAUCUCUUCUGUAUACUCUCUGGUCACGCCGGGGAUUGUUUCCCGAGCCUUCGACUUCAUUGUUGAUUCACUAAACGAUGAGGAUGGAGACCUUCGGGAGCUUUCUACACUAUGCCUCAAGAAGAUGAGCAUAAAGUACACGCUGGUCAUAGACCGAGAGAUAGUCCGACAGAUCUGCGAAAGUCUCAAAGAGCGAAGAAGUAAGGUCAAGGCAAACAUUCUUAGUCUACUUGCAAACCUCAAGUACGAGGAUGUGGAGAUCUUCGACAUCCUGGUUUCCCACAUGGAUGUGAACGUGAGAUCCAGGGAUGUGUUUAGAUGUAUAAGAAAGAUUGUAUCCAGGAACAGAAAGCUGUUCUUUGCAAAUAUGGAUAGAUUUUAUAAGCAUACAAGCAUUGCACAGGUCGAGUCUUCUCUAGAAGAUACUUUCUAUAUUGCAAGGCUGGUGGUUCUCCGGGAGCUGAAGAAAGCCAACCCAGGAAUAAGAAUGAGCGAGGUGAUUGAGAACCAUUUCCUGUUUCUUGAAAUCAUGGAAUGCUCGGAGCCGGACGGGUGUGGAGGAGGAUAUGUCUUCUUUAGAGAUAUCCUUCAUCAAUUUCUUGAGGAGCUGGAUGGGGGAGAGCAAAGAGAAAAGAACUACAGGAGGCUGUUCCGCCGUAUGAAAAAGGAAAAUGACCACCGAUAUUGGUUUAUCUACUAUAUUUACAAAGGAAUGGCCGAGCUGCUCCGUAAAGGGAAAAGCAAUAUACUCCAAAGAAUCCCGUUUCUCUUUGCAAAUACCGGCUUUGAUCCCUCGAUGGCUAACAACACUAAAAACAUAGCAGAAUACAUAAGAAGCCUGGACUUUGGCUCCAUAAGAUUUCUGAAAUAUGAUGUGGAUGUUCCAUCAAGAGUCAAGGUUUGCGGUCGGAUGCCUGUGAGAUUUUCAGCCUCUCUUCUCUUCGAGAAAGAUCACCAAGACGUCCAUUUGAAGGUCUGGUCUUCAGAUAAGACGCCGAUUUAUUUCAAAGCAAGAAAAACAAUAGAAGUCUGCAUACUCGAAGAUGUGUCGUCCAUAUACUGCUCUGUUGUAAAGCUCCAUUCCGGUCAAGACAUACCGCUGUCACAUACAAAAGCCAUUUCAAUAGAGAGAAAAAAGCCCAGAAAAGAUUUAAUUCCAGGGAUAGAUCUUUACUGA